GAUUACCUUUGUGUUGAAAGAAGCUGUAAGAAUCUCAUUGAACGACAUUGAAAGGUGGCAGGUCCAGUCUCCAGCAGAUAAAAUAUGGAUACAUGAUCCUUGUUGCUCUCUGUUUUCCUCAAAACUGCAGUGCUUUUGUACAUGACAUCUCAAAGGUCAUCUUGGGCCAAUCAUCAUGAUAUCAUAGUCUCAUCAUAGUAUCAACAGUUGCUUCUCUUAUAUUUCUUAAAACUACGACUAAUUAAGAACUUGCAUCAAAAUGCUGGAAAAAAUGGCAUGGAAGUGAUGCUGAACAUGCUGACAUCAACGAGCUAUGAGUGGACCAGUUCAGCUGAAUUACUCUGCGCCUUGAAGCCCCCUCUAAUGCGGUUGUGUGCCAGGUACCUUCUCCAAGAGAAGGAGGGAGGAAAAGCUCUAGAUUCUGUGGCAAAUUUUCACUUGCAAAAUGGAGCGAUGGUUGAAAGAUUAAAUUGGAUGGCAGGCCGGUCUGAGAAAGGUCUUCGUCAAGGUGGAUGUAUCAUGGUGAAACUACAUGUACAGGGUGGAGCACAUUGAAGAAUAUGCUUAAUCAUAUUUCAGCACUGGGCAUAUACAUGCUUCGAGUGACAUUCGCCUCUAUACCAUGCCACAGAAGGAACAUGAGGCGACUGCAGAUUAACUUUGCAGGACAAACAUCCAGUACAUAAUUUUGCUUCCAGUUUAGUUAGUUCUUGCAUUUGUUGAUUAUUAAGAAUACAAAGGAAGGGAAGCUCAUGUCUUGCUCAAUUCAUGGUCUUGGAUGAGCUUUGAUCAAAUUAGGUUCAAGAAGAUGCCGCACUCUGUUCCAGGUUGACAGAAGACGUCUUUCUUGUUGCUUCACUUCCUGUGUUUGUUUCUGUAACUUCGUAUAUUUGUUUUGCAAUUUCCUUUUUAUGUGGAAAAAGAAACCAAUAAAAUGUCAACAAUGUAUACGGAUUGACUACUAGAAAGCAUUACAUUAAAAAGA